AUGGGAUUUAGAGGACAAUGUAGUGAUGAAGGUGGAGAAACAGAGGAAGAUCUAGGCAGUUUGCAGGGUUCUGAAAUAGAGGAAGAUGAGGAAGGGAAUCCACUCCAGAUCCCCACUUGGAGAGGUAUUAAGUUGAAGAGUUGGAAUAGAAGAGUGGACUUGAAGAACCCUAAGUUUGUGCUUGGCCAUGUGUUUGCAAACAAUGAGGUUCGGGACGUAACAGUUGCCAAGGAGGUUCAAGCAGACUUGUUGGUGGAUGAAGAUUGGUCCAGAAAAGGGAUUCAAAACCAUAUCCAGAAGAAGUUCAAUUUGGAUGUGAGUGUACAGAAAGUUUCAAGGGGCAAAAACAAGGCUAAAAGGAUGAAUGAGGGGCAUUACAUAGAUCAGUAUAACAAGUUGGCAAGUUACAAGAAAGAGCUGUUGAGGAGCAACCCAGGAUCCACAGUGGUAAUAAAGACUGAAAUGGUAGGGAAGGUGAGGAGGUUUCAUAGGAUGUAUGUUUGUUUAGCUGCCUGCAAGAAAGGGUGGAUUGAAGGUUGUAGACCCAUUAUUGGUUUGGAUGGUUGCCAUAUAAAGGGUCAUCACCCAGAGCAGCUGUUGUGUGCAAUUAGGGUUGAUGGAAACAAUGGGAUGUUCCCCAUUGCAUAUGCAAUUGCUGAGGUGGAAAACACAGAUACUUUGAGGUGGUUUCUGGAGUACCCGAAAUGGGAUUUGAGGAUUGAAAGGGAAUCAGCUUACACAUUCAUCACAGACAAGCAGAAGGGGUUGGGGAUUGCCAUUGGAGAAUUGCUCCCUUUAGCUGAACACAGACAUUGUGUGAGGCAUAUGUACAACAACUUCAAGGCUAAGCAUCUGGGAGAGGGGCUGAAACAACUUGUGUGGGAUGCAGCUAGAUCAAGCACAAAGGUUUAG